GUCGUGCGCGCGACAGCGGCGGUGGUCACGUGAGCGACGCCGCUCGUUACUUUUCAAGUUACUCCGCUCGUUACAAUUCCGUUACUUCGAGUUACUCAGUCGCUUUUUAAUCGUAGUUCCUCGGCUGCGAAUCUGUUAAUAUUCCGCCAUUUAUUUGUUCGUUAUUUCACGGAUACGAAGCUGUUGUGUUUUUUUCCUUUAGCCGUCUCUUUCCCUGACACUCAAGAGGCGUUACUUUCCAGCCAUCUCGAGUUGUCGCUUGAGAAUGUCAAGCCACAGUUUGUGGGAUCUACUUGAUGCUGAAUUUGAUCACCUCCUGGUGGACAUGAAACCCUUUGUGCUUAAGCUUUCAAAUAAAACAGAGCGCCAGUGCUGCGCACUCUGGGUUAAGAAGCUGUGUGAGCCACCGGGCGACAUGCGCGCUGCCGUUUGGCGACCGGAGCGCAACGCUUACGCGAGGCUGCUGCUGGACAUGCUGCGCUAUGGACGGCUUGAGGGGCCCUUCUCCAGCAAGCCUCCUGCCGGCUCCCUGCAGCCUCUGCCUGCCGACCAGAAGAGAGACGGGCCUGCUUGGGAUGAGGACCUGGACAGGCUGCCCACCUGGGCAGCAGGGGAGCUUGAAUCGCCGCAGCUGAGCCAAGGCUUGUCCAGGGACGCACGGAGUCACUUGGCAUUUUCUGACUCAUGCCAAGAGCACCGCAGAAAAUGGAAGAUAUCCCAAGAUCGGAGUUCGCAGUCCACCAACGCUAUGCAUAGGUCUACGGAAGAUGACCCCACAACAAUUAGUGAUCUGUCCGGGAGGAAACCAGUAAAUAUGGAUGAAAGUGACUUUGAAAACCGAUUGAACAGCUGGAAUUUGGGGAUUGAAAACCCAAGGUAUUUGCGUGAAAAGCCAAUACCUUUAUCACCGAUUGUACCCAGGAAAGGCUCUCGGAAAAUGGACCCAUUAUUACCUGAUGCUGAAGCUUUUCAUACAAAGUAUCAAAAAGAGAUGGGGCUCAAGAUGAAGGCCAUGGAGGAGCAGUUCCAGACGGAGCAAGUUGCAAUGCAACUGAAGCACGAAACUCACGUACAAGAGAUUUUGGAUGGAAAAAAAAGUGAACUGGAAGAACUGAAUGCAGUGCAUCAGAAUGAGCAGAAGGAGGCUGCAGAUGCAGUCAGAAAACUGGGAAAAAAAGUUGAUGUAUUGGUACAAGAAUCACAUGUGGUCCGAGAGACCAAGGACAAGCAGAUUGAAGAGCUAAUGAAGAUGAUGGGUCAGAGUGGGAAGAACCUGAAAAAUGACUAUGAGAAAAAGCUGAAUGAAGCCAUAGCCAGCCUGGAGCAGGAGCGACUGGAGCUGCAAAAACAUCACACGGGAAGCAUCCAAGCACUGCUGGAUGAGACUAACAUGCGGUUGGCGCACAUGGAGGCCGAGCACAAGGCACACGCCCUCCUAACUGGCAACGUUAAAAAGGAGCUGGAGGCCCGUGUGGAGCAGCUGAAGGCAGACGGAGAGGCUCAAGUUAAACAGAAGAGCCGUCUGGAACAGGAGAAUGCAGAACUAACUCACAGGAACCAGGCCCUCUCCCGGGAGCUACAGGACGUGAAGGGUUGGUUCGCUGCAGCACAGAGUGACACAGAACAGCUCUCUCAGGAGCACGCGCACAGCGUGAAGCAGCUGCAGGCCCGGCUGGAGGGCACCAUUAACUUCCUGAAGCAGGAGCAUGCGGUGGCAGCCGCCAAGGCAGCAGCAUUCAGAGAAGAUCUGGAGAUGAAAGUGAACAUCCUAAAGCAACAGCUUGAGGAGGUAGAGCAUCAGGGGCAACUACAAUUGAAGGAAUCGGAAGCAAUAUUUCGGGAGGAAAAAUUUCAGUUAGAACAUCUUUAUGAAACAAAGCUGAAAUCUGCACAAGGCAAAUUGGAGCAGGAAAAGGAAGGUUGCCAAAAAUCCAUCACAGCGUUAGAAACUGCAUUGAGGGACAAGGAGGAGCAGCUGAGAAAGGUGCGAGAAAUGCAACGCGUACAGGCCCGGCAGGCCGACGCAACACUGGAGCAGCUCAGAAAGGAAGUGGAGCUUAACACGGAGAAAGUGUUGAUAGAGAUGAAACAGCAGAUGCAGAGGGUGGAGGAGGACCUCAGAAGAGCCAAGGCCGUGCGCGAGCGGCAGGCCGAGGAGUUUUCUCAUCAGCAGCAAGCGCUACAGCAGCAGCAUGAGCAGCAGCUGCGGGACGUGCGGCUCCAUUGCGAAGAGGAGAAGUCUCGACUGCUGGAGCAGCACGCCACUCACAUGGAGAGUGUUGCCCGCACACACGCCGCCACCCUCGAACAGCGCCAGCGCGAUCUGCAAGCCACCGUGGCCGAGCGUGAAAAUCAGGCCAGAGAAUGGAGGCACAAGGAUGCAGAGACUAUAGCGCAGUUGGAAGAGACGGUGCUGAAGCUGCAGGAGGAGGUGGAGCAGGCAAACUGCCUGCGCAAGCAGCAGCUAGUGGAGCUGGGGCUUCUGCGUGAGGAGGAAAAGCAGGCCACCCUGCUGCAACACGAGACCACCUGCGCCCAGAUCCGAGCCGAGGCCGAGAGGACCACGCUGGACGCGCAUAAGCAGCACGCUGUUGAGAUAGAGCAGGCUUCCGCCAAGAGCGCUGAAGAGCUAAGAACAAUGGAAGUGGAUUACUCCGCGAAACUCUCUCAGGCUGCAAAGGCGAUCAUGGACCUGCAGGCACAAGUGGCAUCUAUCCACGAGGAGGCUUCCGAAAAGAGUUUGGAUGCCGAGAAGAGGCUGCACGACGCCGUCACCAAAAUGCAGGGUGACCUGGAGGCACUUCGCCAAGAGCACCGCAGCACGCUGCAGGAACUGCAUGGCCAGAAGGAUACCCACUCGCGGCUGUCGGCCUCCUGGGAGAAACAACUACAACAAAUUGGGCUCAAGCACCAGGAACAGGUGACGGCGCUGCGACAGGAACAUGAGAAAAAGCUGAAGGGCCUCAUGCCGGCGGACGUCCGCAAGCAGCUGGAGGAGACCAUUGCGUCCCUCCAGUCACAGGUGAACUGCCUGCAGAAGCGUGCCUCCCUUUUGCAAGAGCAGUUGGAUAAUCAAAAGACCCUGUAGAUGACUGCAUUCGGCUGCCGACAUAGGGCUGCGAUCAGUCAAAGAUGCCUCCAGGGUCACCCUGCAGGUGUUUGCAAUUCCCAGCCCAUCUGUCUGUACAUACACACUGACCACAGGGCUGUGACUGGCCUUGUCAGCUCACCCCUGACUGUAGCCCUCAGCAUCUAAAAAAGCCAACCAUAUGGUUGCUUUGCAGCCAGUUACAUAAGCAUUGUAAUUGGGCUUAUGGAUACAUUCAGUGUAUUGCAAUAGCAAACUACAAAAUGCAGUUUGUUGCAGUUCACUCGUAUUUCCAAUAGCUACCUGCAUUGAUGUCUGUCUCGUGUGAUUACAAUCUAAAUUAUAUUGCGAGAAUACAGUACACUGUAUGUGCAGCGGAGUUAGUGUCGGCUACGGAUGGGGAAAGGUGUCAGAAUAAUGGAACAUACUGUGAUGACGUUUCAUUGAAGGUGUGAAGGAGUGUUUGAGAAACAGACAAGUGUUGUAUUAGCAUACCCCGACUAAAAGCUACCCGAAUUGGUGGCACUGUCGUUUCAAAUGUUCAAAUGGCUAAUAGGUAAACGAGUUAAAACCCUGGUCGGAUCACCGACUCAACUGUCUUACCUUUGUGUUUGAUACAUUGAAAGUGGCUUCUGUCAUAUGAUUGUGGAAUUCCCACCACUGGUUUAGAACCAUUUAUGGACAUGACAACCACCCCCACAUUCAUUUGAAUAGGGGCAGACCGACUUGAUUGCUUUCUGAUCAUGCACUUUUUGAGAGGUUACAUUCAUUGACUACCUAUUGUGACAGCUAUGCAGAUUUAACAGGAAAAACAUUCUGCAGUGACAUACGCUGUUUCCUUUUACAAAUUAGUGGCCUAUUGAAAGAACAAUUUACUUUUCCAUGUAACAUUUUUCACGUCGGAUCAUUUCUCUGCAUGUGAGUUAAAUUAUAUGCCAUUUAUUAAGGUAUACCAACAGAUGUGUAUUUAUAAUUUUAAUAUGGGAGUGUUUUAUUACAUAGUCUCUGUACACCAAUGGACACAUACAUACUUCACAUGUCUAUAAAUGGACCAAAACAACAUCAUAAAACAUUAAUGGUAUUCUGAAAAAGUUGGGCCUGACAAUAAUGAUGAAUUUGAAGUGUAAAAUCAAGCAGAAAUGUAUUGGUUAACAUGUUGUGUUUGUGCUCUUCUGCGAUGUUUACAUUGAGUGGGUGUGUUCGUUCAUAACAAGGGCCCACCUAUCGUCUCAGGAACUGAUGAGGUCGCGAUUCCUGCAUAAGCUCAUGCUCAUUGUAAAGUAAUUUAUGUUUUACAAACUAUAUUUAUUUAUAUAUGAAACACUCAUUGAUGUAUGUGCAUAAACAAACACACGCUUAAGAAUAUGUAUCACUGAAAUACAAAGGCUAAUCGCAAAGUCCAUCCCUGGUUUUAAAGUAAUGUAUUGUGAUGACAAUGUUUCAAAAUAUUACUUAAAUUGUAAAAUAACACAACACGUGUUUACAAUUGCGCUUUCCUCCAUCUACAUUUCAGCUACAUAGCCUUAAUUUUGUUCACACGUUUGAGUGGUAUCUUUAAAAAAAAUACCAAGCGAUUUGCAAAUAUUUCACGUCAACUUUUCCAGCUGCAUUUUUAUCACCGUCAAUGUCAUCCUGUAACCUUGAAGGUUGACCGAAGGAUUAUCCAUCACAAACACUACCGGUUAUUUAGAUGCAAUUGUCCGUUAUCACUGUCUUCUCAUUGUUAUGAUUAUCCAAAUGUGCAAAGUUAGAAAAAUUGCGUGCAAAUUACUGGAGUAUAUUUAGCGAUCAUUGCCGCUUUUGCAAAAACUUGGUAAGACCCUCCUGAAAAAGGGUCUCGAGACUCGGUGAGACUUUCCUAUUAAUAUGAACUAGCUUGUUUGCCCAUCCAAGGACGGGUGUAUAUUGCCGUAAAUCUGACAUUAAAUAGAAAAAUUGUUCAGCUCAUGAUUAUUGAGAAGGGGGGUUGCCCCAUGUGGAGUGACGUCACCCCCUCAUGGUUAUUGGGGAGGGGUGCGGCAUGUGGAGUGACGUCACCCCCUCAUGGUUAUUGGGGAGGGGUGCGGCAUGUGUAGUGACGUCACCCCCUCAUGGUAAUUGGGGAGGGGUGCGGCAUGUGUAGUGACAUCACCCGCUCAUGAUUAUUAAUGAGGGGGGGACCUCGUGUGGAGUGCCAUCAUGUGAUGGACACACACGCAUUCUUGGCUUAUUAUAUUAGAUAGGAAAAUAGUGAAUUCCCUCCCAUCAGAAAAAUACAUUUUCAGAUGUGUUGUCCAUUGGUAUUGAAAGAACGUUAAAUUCUGCAUGUUUUUAUACUAUGACACAAAAACUAGGGAAGGACUUUAUUAUCACUCUGUUUUACUGCAUACCAAAGCCAUUAAGCUGAAAUAAAUGACACAAUCAUU